UUCACCAGAAAAUGGAUGACGACUUAGAUGAUCUCCUGAACGAGGUCGAAACCAAGUUCUGUACGAAGUCCCCAGCAAAGUCAGGGUCAGAAGGCAGGGCUAUUAGUGCGAAUUCAAGACUGAAAUCGAAGCCAAAACUGAGCAAAAGUGCUACUGCUAAAUCAAAGGAGAAGGAUGAGCUAGAUUCUAUCAUUGAUGACAUCAUAGAUGUACCGGAGCCUUUGGAGACCAUUUCACAUCGAUCAGGACCGCCAUCCCAAUCUUCCUCUUCUAGAUCAGGUGGUGUGAAUGGGGUAUCUUCAGAGAGGAGAUGCUUUCCGGUAUACCUAGGUGGUAGUUCAAUAGCAAUGGGUGUGGGAUCUACAGUUGUACAGAAAGCCUGUGAUCAGCUGCGAUGUACCUCCUGUGAUUUCAAAAUAGUGUUUUAUGAUGAUUAUGAAUGGGACCAGAGCUGCAAUUAUCUCUUCUUCAGGAAUAAUGUUCCAGACUUCCAGAAACUGCGUGCAAAACUCAGAAAAAAGAAAGGUUGUAGAGCAUAUGCAUGCCAGUGCUGCUGGAGGUCAAUCAGAACUCUAACAAAUCUUAGCGAGGAUCAUGAUCUCAAAUGGGUUUGUGGGAAGCAUGUCAGGUGACCUCUGAUGCCAUUGUCCAGGUAGAGGGGGCAUUAGAUUGUGGCAUUAAAUAUUAAUGAAAUGGUUAUCACAGAGAGAGAGAGUGAGAGAGACAGAGAGUUUGAGUGUAGGAAAUUUGGUAUAAGCUUAUUACACUUGACUAUAAUUAGUAAAGAGAGAUAGAUGUUUUUUUAUAGC